UCAGGACACCUCAGUGAAAACACUGGCUGACCAUUAAGACUAGAAGAAGACACCAUGGCCGCACUGUUCAAAGCAAGGAAAGCUCUUGGCUUGUGUCUCAGCGGUUGUCGAAGUCUGUCUCAGCUGGCAGAGUUACCAGAGACUCAUCAGAUCCUGAGACAGACCUGCAGGGACUACGCUGACCGAGAACUGAUCCCCAUCGCUGCCAAACUAGACAAAGAGCAUUCUUACCCUGCCAAACAGAUUCAGGAGUUGGGGGCGAUGGGGGUGAUGGCCAUGGAGGUGCCUGAGGAGCUGGGUGGAGCUGGGAUGGACUAUCUGGCGUACAGUCUGGCUAUGGAGGAAAUCAGCAGAGGCUGCGCCAGCACUGGAGUCGUGGUCUCUGUUAACAACUCUCUCUACAUCGGACCAAUACUGAAGUUUGGUACAGAAGAGCAGAAGCAGCAGUGGAUCACACCGUUCACCACCGGAGAGAAGGUGGGCUGCUUUGCCCUCAGUGAGCCAGGUAACGGCAGCGAUGCAGGUGCAGCCUCCACAACAGCCCGUCAGGAGGGAGAUGAGUGGGUGCUGAACGGAACCAAGGCCUGGAUCACCAACAGCUGGGACGCCGCUGCCACCGUCGUGUUCGCCACCACGGACAAGAAACUCAAACACAAGGGUAUCAGUGCCUUCCUGGUUCCCAUGCCACACCCAGGCCUUUCUCUGGGGAAGAAGGAAGAUAAGCUGGGCAUCAGAGCCUCAUCCACUGCCAACAUCAUCAUGGAGGACUGCAGGAUACCGCUGGGCAACAUGCUGGGCCCUCGUGGUGCUGGAUUCAAGAUCGCCAUGCAAACCCUGGACAGCGGACGGAUCGGCAUUGCAGCUCAGGCUCUUGGUAUCGCCCAGGCUUCUCUGGACUGUGCUGCAGACUACGCACACAAACGCACUGCGUUCGGCGCUCCCAUCAGCAAGCUGCAGGCCAUACAGUUCAAACUGGCGGACAUGGCUGUGGCAGUGGAGAGCGCUCGGCUGCUCACCUGGAAGGCUUCACUUCUUCGAGAUUCAAAGAAACCCUUCACCAAGGAAGCAGCCAUGGCCAAGCUGGCGGCGUCUGAAGCCGCCACAUUCUGCUCCCAUCAGGCGAUCCAGGUUCUGGGUGGAAUGGGCUACGUUUCGGACAUGCCCGCCGAGAGGCACUACCGCGACGCUCGCAUCACAGAGAUCUACGAGGGCACCAGUGAGAUCCAGAGACUGGUCAUCGCCGGCCAGUUACUGAAGGAAUACCAGUUAUAGACACGCUGUUGUUGCUGCCUUUGGUACAAUAUGGACAAAUAAUCCCAGAUCUGGAAUCAGAUAAGUCAACCCAGAGACAUCACAUCAUCCUUAACCAUGAAGGAGCCAGUAUGAUCACCUUUAAUAUGAGCUGUGGUCAGAGACGAUGCAGAACUCCAGAGGAGAUCCACACGGUUUUAACUCCAUUCUGUCUUGUCUCAAAGGAAUUCAGGUGCUACUUUAUGCUACGCUGUAAGAUAAAUAACCUCAAACUCUGCUGCCUUAAGAUGAUAUCAGUGUGCUAAAGGGUCAGUUCGCCUACAUUAUGAAACAGACUUAUUUUCUGCUGGUGGCAUCGAGCCAGAUAGAUUGGUUUUAUCUGUUUUGAGAUAUCAACCCCGACACUCUGCUGACAUAAAGCUCUCGAUUAACUUAAAACUGACGUUAACAAAACUCAAAAGCAGCUUGACUUUACAGAAAAGGACUUACGUGGUCUUAAUACUCUGUUUGCUCUAUUCUGUCGACCUCCUAUAGCCAUUAAAUUACAUUACACGUAAAUGUAGAAGAAAAUCUAUAUUAGUGCAAUUUUUCUUCCAUUGCUUAAAACUGAGCAGCGUUUGUUCUGGUGUCGCCUUUUCAAUGAUGCUUAAAACCCCGUGGUUCGUAAAGCACAAUGGAAACAGAGAACCGAGACCUUACAGAUGCUGAAAAGUUCAGUUUAUGGGGAAAAAAGGAUUCAAACUGAUGCAGCAUAAACAGAGAUAUCAUCUGUUAUAUUCCACAUAUUCUUCUUCCUUGUGUGGCGCCUUCAUUACCCACAAUGCAAUUCAGCCUGCUCACAGCUGGGUGAAGGAUGGUGUGUUCUUCUCGUAGCAGCUAAUGUAGCCUGUAGCAGCAGCAGCAGCAGCCACAGAGCUGCUCAGCUCGCUUUCACACACUUUGUCUUCAACUGACACUGACUCGAGUGACAUCACUUGAGGACCUUUAUCAGACUUCACACAGCUGCCUCUGAGACUCUGAGGCUUUGUCCUGCCGGUUUGAACUGUUUAUCAUGAUCAGCAGCUGGAGCAGCAGCAGAGCCUGAGACACAACUCAUGGAGGAAGUUAAAGUACUUCAGCUGCUUCCUCUGAGUCAUAAGUCACAACACACAGACAUGAUGCACGUAUUUUUACAUUCAGUGUGAUUUACACUUUCCAUGGAUAUUCCACCUCAGAUAAACAUCCGUAAAUCCUCCUGGAAAUCGUGAGAAAAAGACUCUCCUUAGAAGUCCAGAACUUGCCUUAAAAUCUUCACAUUUUUAAGUUUUCUGCAUCAUCAGAGUAAGUGAUGGCUGUCUGUAUGUCCACAAGCACACUGCAAACAGGAGCUGCUAGCAGCUAAUUCAGCAGACUUUUAAUGGUGCUAAUUUACCAAAAUGUAAACAAAUAUAGGAUAAAAACGGCUCAGGUUGUCGCCAUACGUAACUCAUCGUCUCCAUGGCAACAGUAUACUUCCUGGAUGGGGUGCUGUUGGUGUUGUCUGGGCUUGAAGAAUCUCAGGUCAGGUCCUGGCUCAUCUGAACCACAUAAACCACUUUAUUAGUUUAAUCUACUGCAUGAUUGAUAUGGUAUGUAUAAUCAGAGUUUGACACGAGCUUAACGUCAGUAUGAGGAAUGAGUGUCAGGGCCGGUGUUUCAGGUGUUUCCUGACUGUCCUGACUUUCCUACAUUCAGCUUUGAGCCUCCUGUGAGAGGUGGAACCAGCAGAGGGCGACGGUGUGCCUUCAUGUUUCUUGACCCACUUCUGUUUCAUGCAGAUUCAUGAGAUCCUGCAAAGUGAUCACAGUUACACUCUUUCUUUCUGAAUGUACACAGUGUUUAAUUUCAGUUCUACUCAGUUAAUGUUCUCGAUGGCAGUUAGAGUUCACACUUGAGUAAUGAAACACCUGUUGGCCUGAAGAUUUGGGCUGGAAUCUGUGAAGAGGCUGUGGCCUGAUGUGCUUGAUCUCACAGACCUCUUGUGCAUCAGUUGUUUGUACAUAUUUCAGUGUAAUUUAUUGUGUGCAGAUGAUAAUAAAACACAACGUGCCAGAGAGAAACUCUGGAUUUUCAACAUUAAAAGCUAAAAAAACCAAAAUGUUUCAGGAGUCAAGUUGAACUCAUCUCAGUAAAUUAUUAUUUUUCAGGAAAUUCUGUUUAAUAAAGGUGAUUUUUACUCACAAGAUAUCACGUGCGAUUAAACCUCAAAGUGUCUUGGCUGCAGUUAAUGAGCUAAAACUAAUGAUUAUUAUCGUCAUCAUCAAUGAAUCUGCUGAUUGUGUUUGGAUUCAUUGAUUACACUCUGCAGUGAAUCAAACUGGAAGAUCUGACGUGUUGAAACAGGCCCGUCGUACGUUUCUUAUGUGUCAUAACGUUUCUACAGCAGACUCAAAGUGACGUUCAGAUUUCUGCUACACACGAGCAGGUUGAAGGGUGGAGCUGUGGCGGCUGCUCCACACGCGAUCUUUUCAAGUGUGCCUGAACUAACCAGACGUGAACCACAGAGCUGCCACAACAGAAGGUUUCAGCAUAUUUGCAGAAACAUACAUGGAUCAUGGUGUUAUGAGCUAACUUUUAGCUA